AUGGGGAGCGGGUGGUGCGGCGCGGCGGGGCCGGAGCGCGGGGCGCUGCUCUUCCUCCCCCUCCCCGUGCUCCUCUUCCUCCUCCUUCUCCUCCUCGUCCUGCUGCUGCUGGGCUGCUCCCGGCCGCUGGCGCUGCGGCGCGGCCCCGGGCAGGUGGGCUACCUGCCGGCCCCCGGGCUGAGCCGCAGGCAGGCUGCUCGCCGCGCCCGCCGCGCCCGCCGCCCCGGCGCCCUGCCGCCGGCCUUCCCCAACGGCUGGUACCGCCUGCUCGACUCCGCGGAGCUGCCCCGCGGCGCCGUCCGCAGCCUCGCCCUGCUCGGAGAACAGCUUGCCGCGUUUCGCACCCAGGAUGGCCAAGCCUACGUGGUUGACGCUUACUGCCCUCACCUCGGGGCUAACCUUGCCGCCGGCGGGCGCGUCAUGGGCAAUUGCAUCGAAUGCCCAUUUCAUGGCUGGCAGUUUCAAGGAGAAGAUGGAAAAUGCAUCAGCAUCCCAUAUGCUGAAAAAGUGCCAGAUUUUGCGAGGGUCCGGACCUGGCCGUCCUGCGAGGUGAAUGGGAUGCUGCUGGUCUGGUACCACUGCGAAGGGGUCAGUCCAACGUGGGCAGUGCCUGAGCAGCGCGAGAUCACCACCAAAGAGUGGGUGUUCCGUGGGCAGACGGAGCACUUGGUUGAUGCGCACAUCCAGGAAAUCCCCGAGAACGCGGCUGACAUGGCUCACCUGGCGUUUCUCCAUGGACCAGCUAUUCUGGGCGGAUCUGAUCUGAGAUAUACAAGGUCCAAGCUGUGGGAUUUCAUGAAGCACAUCUGGAAGGCGGAGUGGCAGCCAGAGCCAGAGCCCAACAAGCAUUGCUCCCAGCUGCUGGUUCAACACACCGCAACCAUCUUUGGGAAGCACAUCUCCUUGAUGGAUUUGAUGGUUUCAGCCAGGCAGGUGGGGCCAGGGCUGGUUUUCCUGAUCUUUGAACAUGCUUUCCUGGGCCGUGGGAUCAUCCUGCAGACAGUGACUCCCCUGGAGCCUCUCCUGCAGAAUGUUGUUCACAAAAUCUAUUACCAGAAGAACAUGCCGGCUAUAAUCCCCAAGUUCAUCCUGAGAGCAGAGUGCAUACAGUUUGAGCGCGAUAUAACCAUCUGGAAUAACAAACAGCAUCUGCCCAAGCCGCUGCUGGUCAGAGAGGACUCCAGCAUCCAAAAGCACCGGCGCUGGUACGCCCAGUUCUACAGCGAGAAGAGCACAAGGCUCCUGGCACAGAAGGAGGGCCUGGACUGGUGAGGACCUUGCUGCCUGCUGCAAAAUGUGGCCAGAGGCUCUUGGGUGGCUCCUGCCACCCUGGCUGGUGGGCAGCAGUGCUGGGCAGGCAUGAUCAAUAUAACAAAUAUUGGCACUGGCACAGGGAGCAGAGCCUGAGCCCUGGCGAUCCUCCCUCUUUUACCUUCUGUGUUUGGGGCAUCAAAGCCCAAAGGGUGUAACAUGCUUCCUCUUGUACCUGUGCUGCAACGUAUGAGCUGAGCGUGAACUUCAGAUUGCUAGAACUGUCUUUGAAGUGCCCUUGUCUCUUGCUGCUGCUAUUGUUUUGAGUAGUUAUAUGAAAAGCUUUUCAUGUGGUCUUUUAUUGCCUGAAGUGACUUUUCUCAGUCACGCCUGCUGUUGCUUCUGCACUAUCACCUUGGCUGGGGCAGGCUUCAGCUCUCCAGGGGAGCCUUGGCAGAUGCCUGCAUGGCAUCAGGGGUGUGAUUGCCAAGCCCACAGACAUAUGCCGUCUUCCUUCUCUCUGGCAGCAGGCAGGGCAGCAUGGGUUUUAGCUGCCCACCAUGUCCUUACCAUACCUGUGGGCUUCCUGGAGCCUACUGAGCUCUUGCAUGAGUCAAUUCCUUAUGGAGCUAUUGCACCUAGUUGGGAAGAAGAAGGACUAUCCUGGUGACCAAAUCAUUUAGACUGACAACUACUCUGCAGGUCAGGGAUGUGAAUAAGAUUCUGCUUUGGUAGUCCCUGGAUUCCAGCAAUACCUUGGGUACAUGGUUGGCUGUAAAAAUUUGUCUCAUGGCAAGACCAUAGGUAUCACUUACUGUCACUGUGAUCAGAAAUGAAGCUAACACAAGGAAACCAGGCUGCAAAUCUGAUGAAAACCGGACUAGAUUCUCCUGUCCUUUGUGCCUACAUACUCUGUAUUAAAGGGCUAAAUUCUGCCUUGCUGCAUACCCUAGAGAAACCUGUAAUCUCCAUGGACAGAGCCUGACAUGUAUAGUUAGCAGGACUCUGGCAGUUACUCUAUGCCAAGAGCCAGCAAGCGCAAAUACUCAAAUCCAGCUUUCCAAGGAGGCUGGUAGCUGCCGUUCUCAUGCGCUGUACGCUUGCCUGUGCCUUGUGAAUUCUGCACUUUGCUGAGGCUUCUGGUUCCUCCUUCACCAUUAACCCAGAGCAGGACUGGGAGCAGGAACACGCCAUCGCAGUCCUCUGCCAGCGCAGAGUCCAUUGCCCACCCUGGCAGCAUCCCAGAUAACCAUGUGCAAGCUGUGCCUUCACCCUUCACAUCUGGCUAUUCCACUGUCAAUAUGUCACUAUUAAAUUUUUUUUAAAAACUGA